UUAGCGGGCGACAGGCAGGCGUGCUUCUUGCGUGGGCGAAAUAAAAGGCACUCGGAGACCGGGAGCUGUCCCUCACUCUUCGCAUGCCGCCCCCUGGCUUCGGACGUCCUCUCCUGUGUGGCAUUCCAAAAACUACUGUUUGCUUCUGUUAAGCCGAGGACGAAGUCGAGGACGCAAAGAAGACACACGCUUCGAGGUCGUCACGAUCAACAACCGACAAACGUUCACGUUCUUAAGCUACCUGUGGACGGUGGUUUGUGCUCCAGAAGGAACGUGUUUCUCAGCUGAAAAGUACCGGAAGCCGUGGCAGCAUGGACAAAGUAGUUGCUCUCUUCAUGGCGUUGGUAUGCUUGCUUUACAUGGCUGAAGCAGCGGCGGCAGAACCUUCUCCGUACAGUGUGACAGGUGACAACAGUGUGCCUGCUGAAAUCGACCCCUACGAAUUCUGCCGAGCACACUUCGGAAAUGACAUUUCACUCCCCCGUGAUACGCAGCACGACAAUGCGAUGACCAACGAAGAGCAGGCCCCAAGAGAUGACAUCGACGAUUACAACGACAACCUGGCACGUCUGUUGUUCUUCGCGAGAAAGCGUGGGAAUAGGAGAAGCUGCAUCCGGCGCGGCGGUAGCUGCGACCAUCGGCCCAGCGACUGCUGCUACAGCUCUUCGUGUCGGUGUAACUUGUGGGGCACCAACUGCCGCUGCCAGAGGAUGGGACUCUUCCAAAAGUGGGGCAGGAAAUAAGGACUGCACUCCUCAGCAAGCUCAUCGACAAAGCACACGUGGAAACCGGAAAGAGCAUUUUGGCUGCGGCGGUUCCGUUUACAUGAGAGCGGCUAAGACGUGCUGACACCUGAUUUGACUAAGCCUGCGGAUCCAGAUCGCUCACACAGAGAUACCGCUAAAACACGAAAGCACCUCACUCGACACGGCUCGCAGCGGAAGUCGUCACGUGAUGAGUUCUACUUAUUCCCGGUCUAGUCCACUGGGAUAUACUGUUUCGACGGCUUUAUAAUUAUCCUCAGUACCGUACUACUUCAAUUUCUUAAAUUAUUUCUCGUAACGUAUAUCAUGCACUAUGGCUAAAUGCACUGGAAAUCACAAGCGCGUCUGCCACAUUGUGUGCCAAUAUUAGCGACUUAGGCAAAGACAUCCGAGUUGGGAACGUCCAACAAGAUCUCCGUCACCGCCACUGCUGGUGAAAAGCAUAGCAACGACCGCUAAUCGUCACAAUCUUUCUAGAAAACUCCCUCGACCAUCUUGGUUCUCUUUUGAACCCCUGUGUAAGUUGCUGCUAGCUGUACCGAACGUACGGCCGUACUGCAACGCAGGUUGGUACGCUUACGAACUCUCACGUAAACGGGACUCAUGACAUGCAAGAAAAACGGCCCCUGCGCCAGUUGAGCCUUGACCACGUAAACUUGAUUUGAAAAUAACGAACCAGUCACGAAUUUCCUCAAAGAUGAGUGUUCCACUUUAGAUCCAAACUCAAAAUAAAACGUUAAAACACCACACAAAACAACUGAUUGCAUCUAAACGUCACAAAUGAGGAUUGCUCGUGCGAUGCAAAAAUUUGAAUAGAACUGUGUGUCUCGCUAAUAUUGUAAGUACUAUUGUGUUCAUUACAAGCUUGUCUAUCCGAAUUGACGAAUGCAUACCGUUUCUUGUUACUGCAAGGAGAACAUGCUUCAUGUGUGCAAGGGAUUUACCUGAAGAGAGUGUAUAUUUGUUAUUUUUAAAAUGAAGACAGGAAGGGCUUUAUGUAUUGGGAAAAUGUGUAAAUGAGAGUGUGUAGAUAUUGAAUAUGAAACUGUGCUUCUCUUCCUCCUCUUGUCUGCUUGUACAGUGUAACCCGGUAAAGGAGGACGAUUUUAAGCACUAUGCAGACCUCACCGCAUGUAUAAAUUUGAACGCGCCAGUGAACCAAUGGGAACCCCUAUUACCUUGAACAAAUUAUUGCUACUAUAUGUAAGUCCUGUGCAUCAUACCGUGACACUGGAAAAUUUCUUUGUGUGCAGCUUCCCUUUGCGGCGCAUGUACAAUGUGAUCAUUGUUCCGCAAGCUCAUUUGAUGACUGUACAAUGAUGAACUGCAAAAGUAUUAGUGAGUUUUAGUACAUUGUAUACGUUAUCGACUUUGCGUACGCAUACAUGACAUUCUCGGGUAAGCAUUAACAAGCUCCCGCCGCAACUUCCGGUGCCACGAAGACUUCCGGUCCUUCCGCGACUAAGGAAGCUCGGAACCAGCCGUCAUGCAGAAUUAUAUCUUUCACUUUCCUGAUCUGUUGAAAAUGGGAGGCGUACGCCUCUUCGUGGCAAUUUGAAUUGUCAGAAAGAGCCCCCCCCCCCCCCCCCCCGUCCUCAAAUCAGAAGCGAUGAUCAAUCGGCUCAGUGGUUGGCGUAGAGCGUGUUUGCUGUGAAACCGGAUGUCAUUUUGGCACCAAACCGGAAGCGGUGCAAAAAGGCAUGUAUGGAGGAUAGCGGUGAUUCUGCGCAUGUGCACAGUGCGAAGCUCUCUUUGUGACUUGGCGUGCGACGAACCACCUACCAAUGCUACCCCUUCCGUAGGCAAAGGCGAUAGCGUACGAUGCCCUAAAACUCGCGCUUAUCGCCAUCAUUACAAAUUUCGAUUGUGUCGUGAGAAAAAUUGUGGCAUCUACUUUACCUCAGAUACCUCAUGAUACUUGUUGGGAUAGAUGCACGAUACAAGAGCGUUGUUGCUUUCCUUGUUUUUUGACACCCGUCCCGAAUAUAGAAUUCAUCAUAUUCACCUGGGUCUUUUCCACGUCAUCUUGGUGCCGCGAAAGGAAUGCAGCAUUCUUAGCAUCCGACCACACUCGCAAUUCGGUAUGACGCUUAGUGAUAUGCUGAAUUCCUUACUCGAAUUUUUCGAUUGCAGUAUGUUACUUGUUUCCUUUUCUUCUACUUGCUGUUGUUGUACACGAACGUGGCGUACAUGCAUCCAGAUAGGAAACGGGGGGCAUCUUUGACUGACAAAAGCUAUUCAAAUGUAUCGUGUGGUAUUUUCUCUUUUGUUUUUCUUACGUUAUAUGUGCCACACAACAAAAGCGCCUGCAAAACUUGCAAGGAAACGAAAUAUUACGGACGUUUUUAAACUGUGAGUUUGAACUGUGCUGUACGCUGCCCUUUCUUCCGACGCGGUCGCAACCUGUAAUGAUCGCAAUAUUUACUCUGCACGCAGAAUCGUAAUCCUACAGAAUCAUGCCGCUCUCACAAAAACGAAACGGCGCACACUUUGUAGUUACUGAGCUGAAAAGACAGCUAUGGAACCGAAUUUCAGAAGCGCGCUCCCACAGUUUUAACAAGGCGCGCAAUUCUCCCUCAGCGCAAGGAGAUUGCAACAUUGAGUUCUGGAACAAUUACAGUACAACAUCAGAGUGAAAUAUACAAUUAUCGUCCCUAUAGCCUGCAUCCAGUUUCAACUAUUUAUUCAGUUCAAUUCGCUUUUUCAAUCCAAUUAUGAUGGAAUUCAAUCAAUCAAUCAAUCAAACUAGAUGUCUUCCGCUGGUAGAAAGAACAACAAAUAUUUGAGUUUUAAUUCCGCUGUGUUGACGUAGAAUCCCCCGUGGCUGUGUGACUCCUGUGCAGACGGCUUCUUUUCAACAGAAUGAGAUAACCUUGACUGCCUUUUCCAGUGGGAUCCAGGUAAAAAUAGCGUGCUACAAGUACACCUUAAAGGAACGUUCUAUAUGUCACGCCCUGGAAAGGGUAAACUAUGCCAAAAUCCGCGCGGUUCUGCCGUAAUAACACGAGAACGCUGGCGACGAACCCGAUAUCGUACACUCUCUGACGCAGAGAGCUAGUACAGAGUUUAAAAAAAAAUUUAGGGCCACAUAUUUAGGGCGCGUACACUCUCAAAAACAGAACUUCACCUCAUAGCGCGCUGCGCGCCAACCAUUGAAACGGAUGGUAUAGGGUUAUCGCUUCUGCUUCUAAGAGAGAGAAAGAGAGAGAGAGAGGGGGGGGGGGGGCGUACGCCUGCUUGUGGCAGUUAUAAUAUAUGCAAAUUACCACAAAAAGGCGUACGUCCCUCUCUCUCUUCCUGUCAGAAGCGAUCACUCUACGCUCUAAAAGCAGAACUUUACCACAUAGCACGCUGCGUGCCAACCAUUGCCGUGAAUCAUAGGGAUUCUAAAGGGGGGGGGGGGGCGUAAGCCCUUUUGUGGCAAUUUGGAUAUGCGACAAUUGCAACAAAAGGGCGUACGCCCCCCUCUCUCUUCGAAUCAAAAGCGAUAACUGCAUCAUCCGUGGCAACGGUUGGCGCAAAGCGUGCUAUGCAGUGAAGUUCUGUUUUUAGAGCGUGUCAUGCGGAAGAGCGUAGAUAUGUCCGACCCUCAGGCCUUCGCACAUUAGCAAGCGCCCACUCUGCGAAGCAUUGUUCAGUACCCAAGCAGCAAAAGAUAUUGGCCCGAUAUUGGACCAAUAUUGGCAAUACUGGCCCAAUAUUGGACCAACAUUGGACCAACAUUGGGCCAGUAUUGCCAAUAUUGGUGCAAUAUUGGGCCAAUAUGUUGUGGUGCUUGGGUAAUGUGUUGGGAACUUCAAGAUCUUUCCAAAUGAAAAUGAACCUGUGACACGCGUUGAUUUGCCGAACACAACUGGUGCCAGACGUGACGAUGGACCGUUGCAGCACAGAGCUUCAACUUUAGCCCUGUCGCUUUGGUUGGACUUCACGGUAACAGCUUUUUCUCCUGCAUCAGGAGCCCGCCUAUAACUUAUUCACUCGCGCUGUGCACGCUGAUUCCUCUUUUACUGUACGUGUUCAUUACCAUUUGAUUGAUCAGUACGUUACCAAGGGUAUCGUAUCGGUGGAAGUACCCACCCGUAAACUCCUGUAUCCUCUCCAUUUGCAUCCUGCCCUUGUUGGAUACCCCACCCUAUAUAAAUAUAUAUAUAUAUAUUAUGUGUAAGGGCUCUGAAAACGGAAAUAAACAAAUACAUAUUGCAUGAAACAUUCUCCCUUCCAAAUUCAA